AGGGAGGGGGAGGUACUCGGCGCCGGGGCGGGGAGCGAGCCUCGGGGGUGCGAGUGGCAGCUGCCCGCAGCUGCCCGCUCCUCCGCCGCGCCCCGCCGAGAGUUGGAAAAAAUCCAGGGAUUUCAAGUAUUGAAUGACGUGCAUCUUGUACAAUCACCACAACUAAACUGAAAAGGCAGAUGCAGCUCUGAGUACCUGAUUGAGUGAGCUGCUGUGUACGCUGCAUGUACAUGGAAACUCACAUGUUUUUGUCAUCACACAGACUUACUCUUACAUAUUCCUGAGAGCUUUGCAAUUGAUGAAAAUUAAUUUGAGGACCAGAUGGGGCACCUUUACAUCACAGGAAUCAGUAACCCAUGGAAAGAUACCCUCCAGUAAUGUUCAACUUUCCACAUGGUCUUCACGGGUGAAAAAAGUUUGCAAGAAGAGGAAGAAAAAACACUCUCUUCACGGAAGAACUCUAAUAAAUACCUCCACAGUGUAAAUCAAUAGCUGCAAGGGAGACAGAAGAAUACAGAAGGUAGAGGAAACUGAUUUUGUUACUGGAAAGGAAUAAUGUGUCUUUGGCACAUUUGGCUUUGGGCUCAAUAGUUUGUGAACAGACUAAUAAAUCGUAACCAUAUGUUGAGUAAUGAUGACUGGAAGCAAAUAAGUUGAGGAACUAUGGGACACGUCUGGGCAUUGAACUGAGCAAACUUCGUCGUCCUUCUUGAGUUAAUCAGGUCAUCAAACUUGCAUAUUCUUUCUCCCUCUCCUUUUUCCUCCUUUCACUUAGUGUGGUAUAAAUACUGAUUAAUUGAGCUCAUAAAUGUUAUUCAAAUAAAACGAUUGGAAUACUUCAUAUGUUUCCUUCUUGUACAACUGCAAAUGUUGUGUCUGGAACUAUGAAUCUGUGCUGUAGACAAGCAUCAAGAAGGAAAGAUCCGAUCAAACAAGCAAGGAAAAUACCUAGAGAAAUUGUGAAGCCAGGAAGUGAGAUUUUUAUUGCUGCUUCUUAUUCUUUUUUAGAUGAUUAUAUUUCUUCCUUUCUUGAAUUUUAGAAGAUUUUAGAAGAGUGCUUACUUGAUGUGCUUUAAUUCUGGCAUUUGUUUUUUACAGUAGGAUGAAAAAUCUGUUAUUCCUUGUAGCAGAAAAAAGAGAAAAGUGAAGGAAAAACAGCUUGACAUUUUAGCCUGUUUCAGAGGAGAGAGAACUUCAUGGUUCACCUGAGGCAAACUUACCUACUUUGAAAGCUAAAAGCUUUAGAGCAUUUUUGAUUCUGCUGUAAAUGAAGAGGGGUUUUCUUUUUCGUUCGUGUGUGGCAGCAAAAAGCGGGAAAGCAGGCAAGAUAGUGUGAUAAGCAGUUCAGGCUGUGUUGGGUCUCUGGUGGAAAAAAAGUGCUGCAAUGAAAAUCGGAUUGGUUCUGGAUUGCAAAACCUUUUGAGUCCAAGGAGUGGUUCAGUACCAAGAGGGAUUUCCCAACUGACCUGGCACACCAGUGCCUGCACAAGUUUGGGUCUGUUGUUUCGCACGGUUUGUGUGCCUUUUUUUCCCUUUAUGCAAUCUCUUUCAGCUUUAGCAGCAGAAAUACAUCAGAUGGAAAAGAUAUGCCAGAGGGCAGCUUGGAAAAGAUGAAUGUCAUAUAUAUACAUAUAUAUGUAUGUGCGUGUCUUUAAAUUUCUGCAACUGAACUUUUGAAGAAAAUCUGACUGGAGGAAAUCUUAAAAGCCUUAAGUUACUUGAAACCUACACAUUUGCAACUCUUUGUCUCUGGAAUUGCAUUACGCUAAACUGGAAUCUCAGGCUGUAUAAAGAUUAUAUCAAGUUGAGCAAAAAGAUGACUUAACCAUUUCCUGAGCGCCUCUUAUGAAGUAGCUGUUUCUCCAAAGGAUAAGUGCACCCUCACUCUACAGACUCAAAAACAAAAAUGAACCUGAAUUUUUUUUUAAGUGUCACUUUUUCUUAGCCAACUGCCAUCGUCUUUUAUAGAGGAAUUUUUCACUAUGCAUUUGGUGGAUAUUUAUAAACACUGACCCCAUCCUCCUCCCUUUCAGUGAUCUAUCCCAGGUCAGUCUUACCAAUAAAAAAAAAAAAAAUUGAUUUAAAUUUUGUGCACUAGACAUAUUACUUUCUUAUGUCAAAAAAUAAAAUAUUUAAAAAGCAUGUAUGCAGCAGUGGAACAUGGGCCUGUUCUUUGCAGCGAUUCCAACAUUCUCUGCCUCUCCUGGAAAGGGAGAGUUCCAAAAAGUGAGAAGGAGAAACCAGUGUGCAGGAGGCGGUACUAUGAGGAAGGCUGGUUGGCAACAGGCAAUGGCAGAGGAGUUGUAGGCGUCACUUUUACUUCCAGCCAUUGCAGGAAGGACCGGAAUACCCCUCAGAGAAUCAACUUCAAUUUGAGGGGCCACAACAGUGAGGUUGUGCUGGUGAGAUGGAACGAACCAUUCCAGAAAUUAGCAACAUGCGAUGCAGAUGGAGGAAUAUUUGUUUGGAUACAAUAUGAAGGCAGAUGGUCUGUGGAGCUUGUGAACGAUCGGGGGGCACAGGUCAGUGACUUUACGUGGAGCCAUGAUGGGACUCAAGCACUCAUCUCCUAUAGAGAUGGAUUUGUGCUGGUUGGUUCAGUCAGUGGACAAAGACACUGGUCUUCAGAAAUAAACUUGGAGAGUCAGAUCACCUGUGGCAUAUGGACUCCAGAUGACCAACAGGUACUGUUUGGCACUGCUGAUGGACAGGUUAUUGUCAUGGACUGCCAUGGCCGAAUGCUCGCCCAUGUGCUCCUUCACGAGUCAGAUGGCAUUCUCAGCAUGUCCUGGAACUACCCCAGCUUCUUGGUGGAGGACAGCAGUGAGAGCGACACGGACUCCGACGACUAUUCCCCGCCACAAGAUGGACCAGCUGCGUAUCCCGUCCCAGUGCAGAACACCAAGCCACUACUUACUGUCAGCUUCACAUCAGGAGACAUCAGUUUAAUGAACAAUUAUGAUGACUUGUCACCUACUAUCAUCCGCUCAGGGUUGAAAGAUGUGGUGGUACAGUGGUGUACACAAGGAGACCUACUUGCAGUAGCAGGCAUGGAGAAGCAAAACCAAUUAGUUGACCUCAGCAAUGGUUCUCUCUUCAAAAGUGCACUUGUCAAGUUCUACAAUGUGCGCGGGGAACAUAUCUACACUCUGGAGACACCUGUGCAGCGUCCCAUCAUCUCGAUCUGUUGGGGUCACAGGGAUUCACGCCUGCUCAUGGCUUCUGGGCCUGCCCUUUACGUUGUCAGAGUGGAGCACAGGGUCUCCAGCCUGCAGCUGCUGUGCCAGCAGACCAUUGCUGGCUGUCUGCGGGAUGACAAGGAUAUCAGCAAACUGACUCUGCCUCCUCGGCUCUGCUCAUACCUCACCACUGCCUUUAUACCAACAAUCAAGCCUCCUAUCCCAGACCCAAACAACAUGAGAGAUUUUGUCAGCUACCCAACAGCUGGCAAUGAACGGCUUCACUGCACAAUGAAACGGACAGAAGAUGACCCAGAGGUUGGUGGUCCAUGUUACACUCUGUACCUGGAAUACCUUGGGGGAUUGGUGCCUAUCCUGAAAGGACGUCGUAUCAGCAAGCUGCGGCCAGAGUUUGUCAUCAUGGAUCCUAAAACAGAUGGAAAAGCAGAUGAAAUCUAUGGAAACAGCUUGAUUUCAACUGUGAUUGACAGCUGCAACUGCUCAGACUCAAGCGAUAUUGAACUGAGUGACGACUGGGCUGCAAAGAAAUCUCCCAAAAUCAGUCGAGCUAGCAAAUCACCCAAGCUCCCCAGAAUCAAUAUAGAAGCUCGCAAAUCCCCAAAGAUGUCACGAGCUGCGCAGGAGAUAUCAAGAUCGCCAAGGUUACCAAUAAGGAAACCUUCUAUUGGUUCACCAAGCCUAACCCGGAGAGAAUUUCCUUUAGAAGACAUUACUCAGCACAACUACCUUGCUCAGGUCACAUCUAAUAUCUGGGGAACAAAAUUUAAAAUUGUGGGUUUGGCUGCUUUCCUACCAACUAACCUUGGUGCAGUAAUAUAUAAAACCAGCUUGCUGCAUCUUCAGCCCAGACAGAUGACAAUAUAUCUCCCAGAAGUACGGAAGAUUUCCAUGGACUACAUUAACCUGCCUGUCUUUAAUCCAAAUGUUUUCAGUGAAGAUGAAGAUGACUUACCAGUGCCCGGUGCCCCUGGUGCUCCCGCCAGCAGCCCGCCAUGCACCGUCAACAUUCCCAUCGCCCCCAUCCACAGCUCAGCCCAGGCCAUGUCACCCACGCAGAGCAUCGGCCUGGUCCAGUCACUGCUGGCCAAUCAGAACGUGCAGCUGGAUGUGCUGACCAAUCCACAGCCAGAACCUGGGGGUGAGGGGGCAGGGCCCUUCCCAGGGGCUCCAGGCCGCUUUCCUGGCCCUGGGGCGGGGGCGAUGGCGGGGGGAGAGCUGGCCCGCGCUGCCCCCGCGCCCCCCGCCCUCGCCCCGCCGCCCCCUGUACCCACCUCCAUCACCCUGGCUGACUUGCGGGAUCACGGUGACCGUGAGCACGAGCCCCCGCCCAAGGCCAAGGCCCCACGGCCAGGGCCGCAGCUGAUGGAAGGGGAUGCUGUUGUCUUCGGGGCCACCCAGGAGCUGCAGCUGAACAAGAUGAACCCCCCGCCUCCCUAUCCUGGCACCAUCUCCAGCACACUGACCACCGCCCCACCACCUCCACCCGGCCCCCCACAGCCACCCCUCGAUCUCUGCCUGAAAAAGGGGGAAUUCUCCCUCUACCCGGCAGCUCACUACCAGACUCCCCUGGGGUACGAGAGGAUAACAACCUUUGACAGCAGUGGGAACGUGGAGGAGGUGUGCCGGCCUCGCACCAGGAUGCUCUGUGCCCAGAGCACCUACACCUUGCCAGGGCCUGGCAGCUCUGCUACUUUGCGCAUCACUGCUGCUGAGAAGAAGAUGCAGCAACCCUGCACCAGUGCCACCCUGAACCGGCUGACGGUCCCCCGUUACUCCAUCCCAAGUGGGGACCCACCACCAUACCCUGACAUUGCCAGCCAGCUUGCCCAGGGCAGAAGCAUCACACAGAGGCUGGACAGCAGUAUCAUUCAUGCCACUCUGCGGAGGAACAGCCGAGAGGCAGCCCUGAAAAUGGCUCAGCUGGUGGAUGGUCAGAGAGCCACCUUGCAACUUCCCCCAAAAGCCAAGAGCAACGUUGUGACAGCGCAGUACCAGCAGAGAGUACCCACUGCUUUGUACACCUGCAGCCAGUGCAGCAGCAGCGGCAGCAGCGUGAGUGCUGGUGGUGUGGGCAGCAUCACUGCUAGUGCCAAUGCUACUAGCAGCACUUCCAGUAUGGGUGGCGUGAGACCUGAUCUGAGUACAGGGAGUAGCUCCCAGCACAGCUCUGUCAUUGCUCAUUCUGUCAGUACUUCACCUCUGGCCUCUCAGUCCUCCUACAGCUUGCUGAGCCCACCUGACAAUUCCCGUGACCGAGCAGAUUAUAUCAACUCUGCCUUCACAGAAGAUGAGGCCCUAUCUCAGCACUGCCCAGUAGAGAAAUCUAUACGGCAUGUACCUGUGGCCAUGACAGAGGCUGCUCUCGGUGUAAAACGACCACCACCGUACCAGUGGGACCCAAUAGUGAGUGAAGAGAUAUGGGUUCCUCAGGAAAGGACAUCUCAGAAUUCAAUGCCCAACCCUCUGAAACCUACUCCUCUGAUCAUUGGUCAGGCUCAACAUCUGGAUAUGUCUCGAGUGCCAUUUGUUUCCCCCAAGUCCCCGACCAGUCCCACUGCCACUUUCCAGACGAGUUACGGGGUUGGAGUACCGUACCCAGGAAGCUACAAUGCCCCUCCCCUUCAGGGAAUGCAGCCCCCCUGCUCCCCCAAAGAAGCUCUGGCCCCAACACAGUUUGCACAGCAGGAGCCCUCGGUUGUGCUUCAGCCAGGUUAUCCAUCCAACCUCUCCUACUGCCCCUUGCCACCCAUGUACCCAGGAAGCAGCGCCUGCUCUAGUUUACAGCUGCCACCAAUCGCCUUGCACCCAUGGAGCUCCUACAGCGCCUGCCCACCCGUACAGAACCCCCAGGGCACCUUGCCCCCCAAGCCACUUCUUGUGGUGGAGAAGCCAGUGAUGUCCCCACCUCCAGCAGAGCUGCAGGGCCACGUGGGCACAGAAGUGAUGGUGGAGACUGCAGACACCUUUCAGGAGGUGCUCUCCUUGACAGAAAGUCCUGUUCCUCAACGGACAGACAAAUUCAGCAAGAAGAGCCGGAAGCGCCUGGACAGUCGAGCUGAGGAAGGAAAUGUUCAGGCUAUUACCGAGGGGAAGGUCAAAAAGGAGGCAAGGACACUAACUGACUUCAAUUCCCUGAUCUCCAGCCCUCGGCUGGGGAGAGAGAAGAAGAAAGUCAAGAGCCAGAAAGACCAGCUGAAGUCCAAGAAGCUAAACAAGACAAAUGAGUUUCAGGACAGCUCGGAGAGCGAGCCGGAGCUUUUUAUCAGUGGUGAUGAACUGAUGAACCAGAGCCAGGGCAGCAAAAAGGGUUGGAAAACAAAAAGGAGUUUGAGGACAGCCAGUGAGAUGGAUGAAUUCAAAUGCCGGAAGGCCAGUGAGAAGGAGGACGGGAGGCUGGGGAGCCAGGGCUUUGUGUAUGUGAUGGCCAACAAGCAGCCACUGUGGAAUGAAGCAACGCAAGUCUACCAGCUGGACUUUGGAGGGCGGGUGACCCAAGAGUCAGCAAAAAACUUCCAGAUUGAACUGGAAGGACGACAGGUGAUGCAGUUUGGAAGGAUUGAUGGCAAUGCUUACAUUUUGGACUUUCAGUAUCCAUUUUCUGCAGUGCAAGCCUUUGCUGUUGCUCUGGCUAAUGUGACUCAACGCCUGAAAUGAACAAGCAGAGACUGGAGAGAGGAAAAUGCUAACCUUCUCAUAAAGUCCAAAUUGGAAAAUGUCAAGGCAGCCUGCUUUAUGUCUGCAGAGGUGCCUGGGAGUGAAGGCAGUAAAACUGGAAAAGUCUCUUGGUGCCCAGCAGAAGGGCAUUAACUCUAAUCAGUCAUGGGGUGGAGGGUGGGGGGCUGUUUUCUGUUUUGUUUGUUUGUUUGUUUGUUUGUUUUCAGGUGUUUUUUUUUCUUUUUAAGCGUUGUGCUGGGUCUCAGAAAGAAUGAAGGGUUGAGAAGCAUUUGGUGUUACGUGGAGAAGUGUGGCUUUUGGCUUGUUGUGGUGGUUCUGCCGUGUUUGCUACAGUAGAGCAGAUGUAAGCCCAUAGGGGGAUUAAAGACUGCUCUUUUUGAUAGACUGCCUUAUAUCAUGCUCUUCUUUUUAAGAUGGGGAACAUAACUUUUUUUCUGGUCCAGUUUGUACUACUACUACUACUACUACUAUACCAGUGAUAGCAGCAAAAAAAAAAAAAAGAAGAAAAAAAAAAGAAAAAAAAGAAAUUAUAAUACUUGAAGACACAUGCUUCUUCUCUGAUCUCUGAUAACUGAGCACCACAAGUUCCAAGGAGGAUUAUGUAGGUCAAUGUUUAAUUUAUAAAUAAUGAUGUAUUAUUCAGAAGAGAAACAGUUGUUACCAGUGGGUGGUUUAAAAACCUUCUCGAUCAAAGAAUUUGAUGUCUGCUUGUUUUGUGUGCUGUUAUUGGGGAUAAACAUCUUUCAGGAGGUGACAGAAGAUAGAGGAGGAAAUAUUUAUGAGCAUUGCUUCUUUGCUCAUAUUGAUCAGUGGUGUUCUUUAGUUUGGCUGGUAGCUGGGAAAGGUAUAUGUUGACCAGAAGUACCUCUGAGGCCAUGCCUGUACAUGCUUCUCAUUUAAAUGUGUUUACACUUUAUAAAUGAAGUCUUUCAAACAAAUGAGAAGGCCCAGUGUAUUCAGUUUUUCAGCAAUCAGUAUGAGUCAAGUUCUACAGCAGGGUAUCAGUACUUGAAUUAGGAUGGAGACAGAAGUAUAGCAAGUCAUUACAGGAGGCAAUUUCAUCAGGAAAACAGUUUCAUCACAGGAAACAUCAUGGCUGACUGGAGAGCAAAUAAGUUGAAAGAGGAAGGAAAAAUUGGACAGAAUCAUCCCGUUUCUCACUUUGCUACUUGAGCAGUCUCUGUGACUCCAUACUAAGAGUGGGAAGCCAAAGUUUACAUGGAGUAUUUUAGAGGAAGGCUUAAUAGGUGUAGAAUGACCCUCUGUCUGCAGUUCUUUCUGAUGAAUGUGCAGACGUGCUGAGGAUUUCAGAAGGGUUGCUUGCACAGAAGAGUUUCUGUGUUGUCCAUGUGUUGUUCACAUAUUUAUUUGCUUUCCUCUCUUUCCUCCUUGCCUGCAUUUUGCUACAGAAUAUGUUUUUAUAUGGAAGAAGUUUCCCCAGUAAUACACAAAGCCCAAAAAACUUCAUGUAGUUACUUGGACAUUAGAUUUCAAAACAUAACUGCAGAUUUCUUUCAGAUAUUACUCUUUUGAAGUAAAAGGCACACUGAGAAAGAUAUGUUGGCUGAGGUGUCAAUUGCUGCUUUGUUUUUGUCUUUCAUCCACCGUUUAACUUCCUAACUUAAAAGCUUGGUAUAACUUAAGAUGAAUAGUUGUGAUUUGUUCUCUUUGAUUUUCUUAAAUCCUAGUGGUAGGUCAGGUGUGUGUUGCACUUGUUUUUUUUUCUAGAGGAACAUACCACAUGACUCAAGAAUGUGCUGCAGUAGAAGUUAUCAACAUGCAGUGAGCUUGUAACUUCUGCUCUGAUGAGGCUCCUACAUCUGUAGAGCACAGAGGGAGUAAUGCCAAUCAGAGAGGAGUUUCAGAGAGCUGACAGAAGUGUCCAGGCAGAUCAUUCACAAGUUAUGACCCACAGGGUAAAUCUAGGAGAAAACACCUGCAAGAUGGUUUCCUUGGAGAGAGGAAGCAAAGGUAGGAAGGAAAGAGGGGGGAAGUUAAUGGUACCAUGCAUUGUAUUAUCCCAAAGCUCAGCAGCUUUGGCUUGCAUGUGAUAGUGGUCAGGCACAAUAUUCCUCUUCGCAUCUGGCAGAUUGUUGUAUGCCUUAAUUAAAUAAUAUUGUUGAGUUCUACGCUGUACAAACAUUAGGUUGAAUUCUCAAUCCACUGAUUCCAGUACACAAAGAGGAAAGUUGGCUGAGAGUCCUCACCUGCCCUAAGGUCUGUGCUUACUUACAGUACAACAGGCACACACACACUGAACACCCUAAGAGAAGAAACACACCCUGGCUUGCUUUCUGAGGGAAGGGCCACGCAGUCAUGUUAGAAAUCUUCAGCUGGAAGGAGCAUCUUCUGUAGUUUUAAGCCAAAGUUCUUACUACCUGGAAAAAACAUGAAUGUUUUUUUGGAUCAAAAUCUAAUCUGAAUAGAAGGACUUCUGCAUGGUUUCUUUAACCUUCUGGGGAACAGUGUUCCUCUCUAUUUGCCAAAUUUUACAAAUGAUCAGCAGUUUUAUGCUAUUAACUGAGAAAUGAAACCCAACACAAACAAGUAGCAGAGUAAGGAAUCUGGUUUCAUUGGCCCAUGUCAUGAAUGCCUCUUUCUAAUAACAUUUGCAAAGAGCCUUGGCAUAGAAGAAACCAGGUUUCUGCCUCAGCAAAACUAAAGGAAUAAUUAUCAGAAAUUAGGAAAAUAAAUGCAAUUUCCAACAUCCUUCCCGUUUACUUGUCAGAAAAUAGUACAGGGUAAAAUAACCUCUUGUCUUUUUGAAAAGAUAAAACCAUUGUCCCUUUAAUUGAGGAUUUUAAUGGCACACAGAAUACCCAGUAUUAGAGAAAUGACUCUUAAAUUUAUAUAAUUUUAAUGAAAGGAAGUUAUGUAAAUGAGUAUGAAACUGGAUCCUAAAUUAUACAAAGAACAAUUGAAAGUAACAGUUGUUUUCUUUUUCAUUGUGAUACAAUAUGGGAAACCAAUUUAAGCAGUCACCCCCCUCCAAAUAAUUACUUACAUCCUGAAGAUCACUGUUGCAUUCAGCCAAAAGAUAGGUGUUACAUUUUAUAUUUCAUUAGUAAAACCCAGGUUUUCUGUAGAUAACCAAGUUCUUCUAGGAAGAAUGUAGCUAAGUGUUCGGAAGUAUCUAGGUUUUUAUACAUACUGUAGUUACCAGUAGUUAGGUAUGUUUUUUCCAAAGGUUUUUUUUUCAGUUGUGCAAUAAUUGUGGUAGUCUAGGGGUUUUCUGGGGUUUACUUGUUGGUUUUUUUUUGUUGUUGUUGUUGGUUUGUUUUUGUUGGGGUAUUUUUUGUUGUUUUUGUUUGGUGGUUUGGGUUUUCUGGGGGUGUUUGGGUUUUUUUUACAGAGUUUUGAGUGGGUUUUAAAGAUAAUUUAAUGCAGAUUUCCUCUUAAUGUAAAAAACAAUUAUUUAUCUUGUGUAAUGUAAUAAGUGAUUUAGGGCUUAUUUUAUUACUAUGUAUCAGUGAGUUAUACACACUAAUUUAUAUUUAAGGAGCAUCUUUCUAAGUAAUUGCUAGCAGUAUGUUUUGCUGCAAGAAACUAAAAAUGCAUAUAAGAAGACCUGUUUAUGCUGGAUAGUAUAAAAAUUCAUAAUGCAGGCAGGCACAAAUAUUUUUUGGCAGCUGAGUUUGCUAUGGAGGACUGUGUAAACUACAAAAAGUGUAGAUUACUUCUUUGGCAUCUGCAGAAAUCUGUCUUUCUCCACAGAUUUCCUCCUGUGUUUGUAACUAUAUAUUUCAGUUGGGAGUGGUUUUAAAAAUAAAAAACCCUAUUUGCUUUC